AGCCGCGCUCAGUUCUUUGAGGGUAGUUAGUUGGACAACGGCGUUGCCGAAAACGGGCCACCUCAGCUGCCGCACAAUACAUUUUUGGCCAUGUACAUAAAACAAAAGCCGUUUAAAUCAUAAACACAAAAUGCAAUUAGCCAGCGAGCGCACGCCACGAAAGUCAACAAACUAACUAAGCCAGUGUCAUCAACUAAAUUAGUGCAAGCAGCUAGCCGACCGGAACCGGAAAUGCCCAUUGAGCCGCCUGACAACAACCACAAACACAAUCACAAUCGCAGUCACCAGCACCAUUGCAUUGGCAACGGCCAUAAAGACGAGCAACAAAUCGCCCACACACACAUGUAGUUGCAGCGCGAGUGCGUCAGUGUGUGCGGGCUCUGAAAACCGGAAGCGGAAGUCGAGGAGCAGCAGCAGGAGCAGGAGCAAGGGGAUUAACCGGAGGAGGAGGAGCAGCAGCUAGCUUAGCCAGUUUUUCAUUCGCCCGCAGUUCGUUAAGGAAAAUCAUUCAAAAUUCAUCGCCUAAGCAAAGCGGAUGCCGCACAAGAAAAAGAGAGAGAGAGAGAAAGUGGCGAAUAGAUCAAUCAAUUAAUCAAUCAAAACCGAGCAUAUCAACCGAGAGGCCAAUACCAACCAGAGAACCGAAAUCAAAGUUCAACGUUGCAUUUAAGGUUGCAUCCGGUAGCCCAGUUCAACUCCAACUGCAACGGUUCCACGUACCACAUUCCACUUGCACCCCGUGUGUGAUUGCAUGCCGCGGAUGAGCCGCGGAUUAUGUCACGUGACGAUUAUAAUCCAGUAACUAGCUCUGGUGUGCGCAGUCCGGGUCGCGUGCGGCGUCUCCAGGAAUUGCCGACGGUCGAUCGAUCCCCAUCCCGGGACUACGGAGCGCCACGCGGAAGUCCUUUAGCAAUGGGCAGUCCAUACUACCGCGACAUGGAUGAGCCAACCAGUCCGGCCGGAGCGGGUCACCAUCGCAGCCGGAGCGCCAGCAGACCACCGAUGGCCCAUGCCAUGGACUAUCCAAGAACCCGCUACCAAUCGCUGGAUCGCGGCGGACUCGUGGAUCCCCACGAUCGCGAGUUCAUACCCAUUCGGGAGCCCCGCGACCGCUCCAGGGACAGAUCCCUCGAACGAGGCCUGUACCUAGAGGAUGAGCUCUAUGGCAGAUCGGCGCGCCAGAGCCCCAGCGCCAUGGGUGGAUACAAUACGGGCAUGGGCCCCACAUCGGAUCGAGCUUAUUUGGGCGACCUGCAGCACCAGAACACCGACCUACAGCGGGAGCUGGGGAACCUGAAGCGGGAACUGGAGCUGACCAACCAGAAGCUGGGCAGCUCGAUGCACAGCAUCAAGACCUUCUGGUCGCCUGAGCUCAAGAAGGAGCGGGCUCUGCGCAAGGAGGAGAGCGCCAAGUACAGUCUGAUCAACGAUCAGUUGAAACUGCUCAGCACGGAGAACCAGAAACAAGCCAUGUUGGUGCGCCAGCUGGAGGAAGAGCUGCGCCUGCGGAUGCGACAGCCCAACCUGGAGAUGCAGCAGCAGAUGGAGGCGAUCUACGCGGAGAACGACCACUUGCAGCGGGAGAUCAGCAUCCUGCGCGAGACGAUCAAGGAUCUCGAGUGCCGUGUGGAGACCCAGAAGCAAACACUGAUUGCCCGCGACGAGAGUAUCAAGAAGCUGCUGGAAAUGCUGCAGGCCAAGGGAAUGGGCAAAGAGGAGGAGCGCCAGAUGUUCCAGCAGAUGCAGGCCAUGGCCCAGAAGCAGAUGUACAAUAACUACACGGGCGCCAGCGGAAGCAGUCCUCCAUUGCCGGACAUUAUUGGCCAGUACUACGGGCCGGGAAGUCUGGGUCCGGGCCCCCUGUCCUACGGCUCGGGCAAUGGUUACGGCCCGCCCGGUUACGAUCUGUACGGCCCCUCGACCUCGACGGCAGCUGGUGGAUACGGACUGUACGAUCCGCAGAUCUACGGACCGUGCCAGCAAACCUCGCCCAUCCGGAGAAGGCGCUACAGUAUUGCCGGCCUGCCCUCGGCCACUAUGUACAAUGAUGUCUACGGCUAUCCGGCACCUCCGCUCCAGCAGACCAGCUCCUCGAACAUUGUGAAUCUGUUGAACGAGGCACACAAGUCGAUAUCGCGCAGCUCGCAGAUACUGAAUCUCACGAAUCAGGCCCGUCAAUUGGGUCAGCUGGUGACCACGCCGCUGGGAGGAGGCGGAGUUGGCAUGGGCCUGGGUCGAGUGGUGUCCAGUUACCCCACCCUGCAUCCGGGAGACACCUCCCCGCCGUACCUCAACGAUAACCUCAUGCAGAUGUCCACGAGCUUCUCCUCGCAGCCCAACAUGUACUUCCAGCCGCAGGCGCAGGUGCAGCAGGUGCUGCCCACCCAGCUGACGGCGGCACAGAGUGCCGCCGCGGCGGCAGCCCGACUGCGUCCGGCCUACUCCGUAACGAAUCUGGUGUCCAGCUACCCGACGACGACCGCGGCGGGCUAUGGCUGCAAGUACGGGGGCUACGGGAAUCCGUACCAGAGCGAUCUGGGCUACGGCAAUCCCCUGGCCCCCUUCCAGCAGCGUCAGCUGAUGGCCCACCAGUCGCUGCACGCCUCCAAUCCCGCCAUUUCGCAGUACUACCAGAACCAGGGAGCCGCAACCGGAACGGGAGCCUCGGCGGCCGCACUGGCCUACAACCUGCAGCAGCAGUUCGCGGGAACGCAACACUACGGCGGCGGAUCGCAGGGACCGCCGCUGGGACACUCGCACAUCCAGGCGUCGGUGCAGCAGCAGAUGCAUCCGCAGUACCAGUACCAUGUGCACCAGCAUCAGAAUCACCUGCAGACGCAUCCGCUGGCGGCGCUGGCCAACACGAGCGGUCCGUUCGGAGGGACGCUGGCCAGCAGUGCCAGGGACUAUGUGGAUGGACUGCAUCAUGCGGCCCACUCGCACACGCAUCCGCAUUCGCAUCCGCACCACUCCUCGCAUCAUUCGCAUCACACGGCAUACCCGCACUCGCAUUCGCACCAUCAGCAGCAGCAGCCGCAUCAAGCCCACCAUCACCACCAUCUGCCAUACUCGAAACUAGACUUAGAUUACCCGAAACUGCCGCAAGAGCAUAAGCGACAACUGGACGAAUUCCGUCUUGAAAUACAGAGAAGGGAUCAAGAGAUCCUGGCGAUGGCGGCCAAAAUGAAAACCCUCGAGGAGCAGCACCAGGACUACCAGCGGCACAUAGCGGUGCUCAAGGAGUCGCUAUGUGCCAAAGAGGAGCACUACAACAUGCUGCAGACGGAUGUCGAGGAGAUGCGCGCCCGCCUCGAGGAGAAGAACCGCCUCAUCGAGAAGAAGACCCAGGGCACCCUGCAGACGGUCCAGGAGCGAAAUCGCCUCACCAGCGAGCUUACCGAGCUCAAGGACCACAUGGACAUCAAGGACCGCAAGAUCAGCGUGCUGCAGCGCAAGAUCGAAAACCUGGAGGAUCUGCUGAAGGAGAAGGACAACCAGGUGGACAUGGCGCGGGCCCGUUUGUCGGCCAUGCAGGCGCACCACAGCAGCUCCGAGGGCGCCUUGACCAGUCUGGAGGAGGCCAUCGGCGACAAGGAGAAGCAGAUGGCCCAGCUGCGUGAUCAGCGGGAUCGCGCCGAGCACGAGAAGCAGGAGGAGCGGGAUCUUCAUGAGCGCGAGGUGGCCGACUACAAGAUCAAGCUGCGGGCCGCCGAGAGUGAGGUGGAGAAGCUGCAGACGCGCCUGGAGCGGGCGGUCACCGAGCGGGAGCGGCUGGAGAUCAAGCUGGAGGCCUCGCAGAGCGAACUGGGCAAGUCGAAGGCCGAGCUGGAGAAGGCCACCUGCGAAAUGGGCAGGAGCAGCGCCGACUGGGAGUCCACCAAGCAGAGGAUCGCCCGCCUGGAGCUGGAGAACGAGCGGCUGAAACACGAUCUGGAGCGUUCGCAGAAUGUACAAAAGUUAAUGUUCGAAACGGGCAAGAUAUCGACAACCUUUGGCAGGACCACGAUGACCACGUCCCAGGAACUGGAUCGAGCCCAGGAGCGGGCCGACAAGGCCUCAGCCGAGCUUCGACGCACCCAGGCCGAGCUGAGAGUCACACAGUCGGAUGCGGAAAGAGCACGCGAGGAGGCGGCCGCCCUGCAGGAGAAGCUGGAGAAGAGCCAGGGCGAGGUGUACCGACUCAAGGCCAAGCUGGAGAACGCCCAGGGCGAGCAGGAGAGUCUGCGCCAGGAGCUGGAGAAGGCGCAGAGCGGUGUCUCUCGCAUCCACGCCGACCGCGAUCGGGCCUUCUCCGAGGUGGAAAAGAUCAAGGAGGAGAUGGAGCGCACCCAGGCCACGUUGGGCAAGUCGCAGCUGCAGCACGAGAAGCUGCAGAACUCGCUGGACAAGGCCCAGAACGAGGUCGAUCAUCUGCAGGAUAAGCUGGACAAGGCCUGCACGGAGAACCGCCGCCUGGUGCUCGAGAAGGAGAAGCUCACCUACGACUACGACAACCUGCAGUCGCAGCUGGACAAGGCCUUGGGCCAGGCGGCCAGGAUGCAGAAGGAGCGCGAGACCCUCUCCUUGGACACGGACCGCAUACGCGAGAAGCUGGAGAAGACGCAGGUGCAACUGGGUCGCAUCCAGAAGGAGCGGGAUCAAUUCUCCGACGAGCUGGAGACGCUCAAGGAGCGCUCGGAAUCGGCACAGACCCUCCUGAUGAAGGCCGCCCGCGACAGGGAGGCGAUGCAAACGGAUCUGGAGGUCCUCAAGGAGCGCUACGAGAAGUCACACGCCAUUCAGCAGAAACUCCAGAUGGAGCGCGACGAUGCGGUCACCGAAGUCGAGAUCCUCAAGGAGAAACUGGACAAGGCGCUGUACGCCAGCCAGAAGCUGAUCGACGAGAAGGACACCUCCAACAAGGAGUUCGAAAAGAUGCUGGAGAAGUACGAUCGGGCCCAGAACGAGAUCUAUCGCCUUCAGUCCCGUUGCGAUACGGCAGAAGCGGAUAGAGCCCGCCUGGAGGUGGAGGCGGAGCGAUCUGGCCUGGCUGCCAGCAAGGCUCGCGAGGAUCUGCGCAAGCUGCAGGACGAGAGCACUCGGCUGCAGGAGGCCUGCGAUCGGGCGGCGCUCCAGUUGAGCCGCGCCAAGGAGUGCGAGGACAAUGCGCGCAGCGAACUGGAGCACAGUCGCGAUCGCUUCGACAAGCUACAAACGGACAUUCGGCGUGCCCAGGGCGAGAAGGAGCACUUCCAGUCCGAGCUGGAGAGGGUCACCUACGAACUGGAGCGGGCACAUGCCGCCCAGACCAAGGCGAGCGCCAGCGUGGAGGCGGCCAAGGAGGAGGCGGCCCACUAUGCCGUAGAGCUUGAGAAGAUGCGCGACCGCUACGAGAAGAGCCAGGUGGAGCUGCGCAAGCUGCAGGACACGGACACCUUCGGGCGGGAGACGCGACGCCUCAAGGAGGAGAACGAGCGGCUGCGCGAGAAGCUGGACAAGACGCUCAUGGAACUGGAAACCAUCCGCGGCAAAUCGCAGUACGAAUCGGAGUCCUUCGAGAAGUACAAGGACAAGUACGAGAAGAUCGAGAUGGAGGUGCAGAACAUGGAGUCGAAGCUGCACGAGACCAGCCUGCAGCUGGAGCUGUCGAAGGGCGAGGUGGCCAAGAUGCUGGCCAACCAGGACAAGCAGCGAUCCGAGCUGGAACGGGCGCACAUCGAGCGGGAGAAGGCACGCGACAAGCAUGAGAAGCUACUGAAGGAGGUCGAUCGUUUGCGCCUGCAACAGUCCUCGGUGAGCCCCGGCGAUCCGGUCCGAGCGUCGACGUCCUCCUCUUCCGCUCUGUCCGCUGGCGAGCGGCAGGAGAUCGACCGCCUGCGGGAUCGCCUUGAAAAGGCGCUGCAGUCGCGUGACGCCACCGAGCUGGAGGCCGGUCGCUUGGCCAAGGAACUGGAGAAGGCGCAAAUGCAUCUGGCCAAGCAGCAGGAGAACACCGAGUCCACGCGCAUCGAGUUCGAGCGCAUGGGCGCUGAGCUCGGUCGCCUGCACGAUCGCCUCGAGAAGGCCGAGGCCGAAAGGGAAGCCCUGCGUCAAGCGAACCGGAGCGGCGGAGCUGGCGCUGCCCCCCAUCCGCAGCUGGAGAAGCACGUCCAGAAGCUGGAGUCAGACGUCAAGCAGCUGGCCAUGGAGCGGGAGCAGCUGGUCCUGCAACUGGAGAAGAGCCAGGAGAUCCUCAUGAACUUCCAGAAGGAGCUCCAGAACGCAGAGGCGGAGUUGCAGAAGACGCGCGAGGAGAACCGCAAGCUGCGCAACGGUCACCAAAUGCCACCAGCCGCCGCUCCACCCGCCGGAGCCUCUCCCGCCGAGAUCCAGGCCAUGCAAAAGGAAAUCCAGACCCUCCAGCAGAAGCUCCAGGAGUCGGAGCGCGCCCUGCAAGCCGCCGGUCCCCAGCAGGCCCAGGCUGCAGCGGCGGCAGGAGCGAGUCGCGAGGAGAUCGAGCAAUGGCGCAAGGUCAUCGAGCAGGAGAAGAGUCGCGCCGACAUGGCCGACAAGGCCGCCCAGGAGAUGCACAAGCGCAUUCAGCUUAUGGACCAACACAUCAAGGAUCAGCACGCCCAGAUGCAGAAGAUGCAGCAGCAGAUGCAACAGCAGCAGCAGGCGGCACAGCAGGCGGCACAGCAGGCAGCACAGCAGGCGGCGCAGCAGCAGUCCGCAGCAGGUGCAGCAGGCGGAGCGGACGCUAAAGAGUUGGAGAAGGUUAGAGGCGAACUCCAGGUGGCGUGCACCGAGCGGGAUCGCUUCCAGCAGCAGCUGGAGCUCCUGGUCACAGAGCUGGAGAAGAGCAAGAUGUCCAACCAGGAGCAGGCAAAACAGCUCCAAACGGCACAGCAGCAAGUGCAGCAACUGCAGCAGCAGGUGCAACAGUUGCAGCAGCAGAUGCAGCAACUGCAGCAGGCUGCCAGUGCGGGAGCAGGCGCCACCGACGUGCAGCGCCAGCAGCUGGAGCAGCAACAGAAGCAACUGGAGGAGGUGCGCAAGCAGAUCGACAACCAGGCCAAGGCCACCGAGGGCGAGCGCAAGAUCAUCGACGAGCAGCGCAAGCAGAUCGACGCCAAGCGCAAGGACAUCGAGGAAAAGGAGAAGAAGAUGGCCGAGUUCGAUGUCCAGCUGCGCAAGCGCAAGGAGCAGAUGGACCAGCUGGAGAAGUCCCUCCAAACGCAGGGAGGCGGAGCGGCGGCAGCCGGCGAGCUGAACAAGAAGCUCAUGGACACGCAGCGGCAACUGGAAGCAUGCGUCAAGGAGCUGCAAAAUACAAAGGAGGAGCACAAGAAGGCGGCAACCGAAACGGAACGUUUGCUGCAAUUGGUACAAAUGUCGCAGGAGGAGCAGAACGCCAAGGAGAAGACCAUCAUGGAUUUGCAACAAGCCUUAAAGAUCGCUCAAGCCAAAGUCAAACAAGCACAAACGCAGCAACAGCAACAGCAGGAUGCUGGACCAGCUGGCUUCUUGAAGAGCUUUUUCUAAACAGUGCCCUCGCAGGGCCACAGGUACACACAUCUAGUGAUGCAGAUGAGGCAAAAGGAUUUUACACGUACUACUUACCCAAUGCGAUAAUUGAAAACCAAAAGCAGCAAGAAGUUACCAAAAGCACUGUCUACUAUUUUGUAUACUACCGAUGCCGAUACCAAUACCAACUAUGCAGUAUUUCUACGACUCUCACACACAUACACUCUUUACACACACUGAUACACACAGGGACACACACAUUUGUAAAUGACACCAUGUAAAUGCAAUGCGAAAUGCAUAUUAUUUGAUAUUUAUGUGUAUUGUGUAAUUAGGUUGCCGCUAUACUCAAAUUGUGGAUGCAUUUAAAAGUCAGCUCGUAUAGCGUACUUUGUAAACUCUCUUAACUUUCUCUCUAACUCACUAACUCAAUCCUUUUCGAACUCAAAAUCGAAAUCAACUUAAAGUUUAUCGUUAGCCAAAACACCAAGUCCUUCUUAGCCCAAUUACCCCAACUCGAGAGUCCUUCUGUCCUUCACUUUCUCUCUGUCGGUCGGAGCUGCAGCACGUAGACUACGUCCUCGGGCACUGCAUCCCCAUCGCCAUCCCCAUCAUCCUAGUAAAAUUUCUGUAAGACCCACCCAUUAGUUAUCCCACUGCGCGGAUGUGAGAUGGCAUUGAAAUUGAAACGAGAAGAAAGGCAGAGCAGUAAUUGCAUUAACUGAGUGCUGCUUUGGACCCAAAGUGCAGCAUGCACUUACAAUUAUCGACGAUAUAUAUACAUAUAUGUAUGCCAGCCUCUGUUAUAGUUAGUCAAACAUGAGCAUCCUACGCCCAUCAUUCGCCCAUCAGUCGCACUGUACAUAAGACAUUCGCAUCGGAAAAGUAUAGAUACAGAUACGGAUACAAUACGUAGAGCAAUAAUUGAUAGACCACAGAUAAUACAAGUAUGGUAUAGAUACGAGUACCAUAUGUAAAAUUAUUGCGAUUAUAAAAUUAUAUUGCCUAGCCUUUAGCCGUGUACCAACCAAUCACUACCUACCAUUCAGCUAAUAUGGAUAUUAUCGAUAAAAUAAACUCGAACGUCAACUACAACAAGUGCAAUCUCUAUUUUAAUUAGUUAAAUCUACACGAUACCCCACGUUCCUUAGCCCCCGACUAAAUAGAUCAAGUCCACUACGCAAGCUUUACCCAAGUCAGCUGUGAAUGCGCAUAGUACGAGUACUAUAGUACUUCUAGUAGAUCGGUAGUUCCACUCUAGUCCAGUUCACUCGAAACGUUGCUUUUGGUCUAGAUAAGGUGCGAAAGUGUUAUUGUUGAAUGAAUGACCUAUGCCCCUGUAAUGCAUACCUAGCGAAUAGAGGAAUAGUUGCAGAUGUGUACAAACUAUAGAGUACCACAUAUAAACUAGCAUGAACUUUUCUGUUUCUUUUUUUUUUUGGUUGAGUGCAUUUAUGUUUCCUAUAAUUUAAACCUAAAUAAAGUAGAAAUUGAAUAGAAGAAGUAUGAUGUACGAAGGUAGAAGAGAGUAUGGAGUUAUCACUGCCAGUGUAAGCAAGAAUAUCGAUAGAUGGGAAAUUAAAGAUCCGUUUAAUCUUAGGGCCUAACAUUAGAAUAUCAUUUGACUUUCGGUUACUAAUGAAACCAACCACGAAGACAUUCAGCGAGAGACGAAGCAAGAGACACAACACAAUCAUAUCAUGCAAGCCUAUAUCAUAACCCCAAGAACGAAGGAUAGCUGACCCUAGCGCUUUAAUUGUCCUUGAAUCCUUCCACCCAUUCUAGAAUGAUCGAUGGUUGAAUUGAUAGAGCACCCUCCACCCUUUAGGUAAUCGAUUAACGACCAAGUAAACAACGAUAGAGCUGCACUCUCUGCUUUCUUUUCGGUUUCGCAGUCGUUCGAUUUGUGUACAUAAGUUAGGGCCCUGCUUUUCGCCCCCCUCUCUCGCCAAAUGAGUUCCCCACAAAGUUCCUAUACCAGGAAUCUCGGGUUUACGGUGCAGCUGGAGGGCAGAAAGCCAUACGAGUUCGCGAGUCAAGUAAAAAGUAAAAGUUAGCAACACCUUCAUGCUCGACAGAAGUGUACAUAAGUGUCUAGUUAUGUAAGCAUAACAGAAGCUGUAUAAUAUAUGAAAGUUUACCAUAUACUAAACGAUAUAAUGUAAUCAUCAAUCUAUAUCCAGACCAUUGAGAACACGAGAACAAUUACUAUCGACAAAUCAAACCGAACAAACUUCACCGUAGGACACAUCACUUUGGCUACCCAAGCUGCAUACAAAUUACACACCACGUUGACAAUACAAUCACCCACAAAAACACGUUAACACUGAUACACCUUUUGAUGCCCCCAGUUUAUACCACUCAAUUACGAUCCAUUGACGCUAGAUGGAAGCCAACAUAUCCGAGUCGAGAUAGCGCUAAUCUCAUGUUAACUGUGGCCUAACCCCAGAUAUCACAUAGUCGAACGGACAUUUUGGGAGCGAUUUCCUAGCGCUACGAGUGGAUUUCUUGGUCACUCGAUUAGUAGGUCACCGAUCACCGGUCACUUUCACCUUCGAUCUUGAUCUCGAUUAGCAGUUAUAGAGGAUGAAACGUUUGCCUUUAACUACUUAACUUAACUUACCACGUAUCGUAUUGUUAGCCUAGAUAGUCUCAAUUACAGCAGCAGCAGCAGUGACGAACAAACUGAGAUUAAGAACAUGAACUAACGGUCUAUCUACUUCUAGUAUUUGCCGUAACACUUUAAUCAUAUUAUCCCCGCCGUCGUGUACCCUACUUACAGAUACAAAUACGAAACUAUCGGAUAGCAAGGAAAGCUUCGACAACUUUUUCUAUACAAAUCUAGCGAACAUAACAAUAACAAGAGAUAUAUGAUAUAUGAUAAAUCGAACAGCAAAACCCAAUUCUCGUAUAAUGUAAUUUAGCAAAUUGUAAACUCAAUAUAGGCAGACACUCGCUCGCAAACAAAAACCCGAAUAUCAGGCGAGAAUCGAUGGCAGAUUAAUGAAUUUAUAUGGUGGAGUCCCACUCGAUCGGGAGUCGAGCGUUACCUAUCGAUAAAUGCUAGCGAAGAAUUAUGUGUAACCCCAGUGUGUACUUCUCUGUACAUAGACCUAUAUAUAUAUAUAUAAAUACUUACGAUUAUGACUAGAGCAAAGCAUACGAUAGAUGAAUAUAGGAAUAUACGGAAACAAAGCAUACACAUAGCAGAUAUGGAAAGAGAGCGCAAAUUAUAUAGAUACUACAGCAUCACUCAUCAAGAUCAAAGCCGAAGAUCGUAGUCAGAGCAAAAACUUGGAUGGAGAGGCAGAGAGGCAGAGCAGAAGUCUAGACCUAGACCCCCAGAAACAAAGUCCCCAAACUGAAACCGAUACCGAAAUAUCCGCAGAUGAGCAACAAAAGCAUUAAGCAAAACAAGAACAACAAUUUCGUGUAACAUUUUUUUAAACAAGUUUGGUGAUCUACGAUAUUGGUAAUAAUUAUUGAUAAAUAAAAUAAUAUAAAAGGAUAUAUAUAUAUAUAUACAUACAUAUAUUAUACAAAUAUAUGAAGUAAAGCCCAGUACUCAGAACGACAAUUUGGUCUUGUAAAGUGACUAAGUCAUGUUUAACACAGUGUGAACUCUCGAUAGAUUGCAAAGAUCACCGAUAGUCAAACGAUCACACUGUGCUGUCGAUUUUCCAUUCUGAGAUUUCCCUCAUUUCUUUUGAUACUUUGUGAUUGAACAAUUUUAAUUUGCCGAUCUGAGCACUGGACUUUAAGCAGGAGUAGGCAAAAAAAAAAUAAGAACGGAAACAAGGGGAGACAUACAUAAAGUACGAGUAAAUAUUUAUUAUAUAAUGUUUUUUAAGUAACUUAUAGUAAGCCAGUAUAUAUACACACAUAUAUAUAUAAAUUAUACAUAUAUGAAACUACAUAAGUUUACAAGGUAUAUGACAAAAACAAAACAAAAACAACAAAAACCAAAUUAAGAAUCAACCACAACAAAAAAGAGCAACAAAAAGGUAAAUAACAACAACAACAAAAACGCAACCGCAGCAACAAAGUAAAACAAAGUAAACGAUUAGAGAUGAGGUGGGAAAAUAUUAUAAUAAUAAAGUAAAUAAAUUUAUUAUAUACAUACAUACAUAGAAGAAUAUUACAAAUGGGAGAAAGUCGAGCAAAAUGAAAGCGAGAUGAAAAUGAUUAUUUGAAACAUGUUCAUUAUAUAUAAAUGUCAUUAAAAAUGUUCUUCAAAACUGCCUACCAAUAAAAUAUAUUUCAAAUAA